UGAUUUCGUCAUAUAAAUCAGCCAAUCGGAUUAGCGUUCGUGUCUAACAAUUUUGAUGAGAGUAGUGCGAUAGGGGAUUGAAUGUGUAAUAGUUUGUCACAUUUAGUUGUUUGUUGUUACGUGUGAUAGCUGAUUUGUAAAAAUGAAUAUGAUAAAGGUGUUGCUACUGCUUCUGCUGCUUACAUUGUUUGAAGUUUUGGCUCAAGAUAAGAAAGACUACUAUACACUUUUGGGAGUGUCACGAAAUGCACCUGACAGGGAGAUAAAGAAGGCGUUCCGCAAGCUGGCAGUUAAAUAUCAUCCCGACAAGAACAAGGAUAAGGGUGCAGAGGAAAAAUUUAAGGAGCUGGCACAAGCAUAUGAGGUCCUGUCAGAUCCAGAGAAGAGGAAGAAAUAUGAUCAGUUUGGUUCAUCGGCUUUUGAGAAUGGAGGUGGAGGUCAGGCUUUCCACUUCAAUUUUGAUGACAUUUUCCGCAACUUUGAUGAUGAUUUUGGACGAAAUUCCUUCCACUUUGGAGGACACCCUUAUGAGGAACAGGGUCACAGUUUCUUUAACUUUGAGGAUUUUUUCCAAGAGGAGGCUGAGCCAUUUAUUCACACUCGGUAUGGUCAUGAAUCUCAUGCAUUUGGUAGUGGCAGUUCUUUCUUUGGCUCUCAUUUUGGACAUUCUCAUCAUGAAAGCAGAGUUCAUCAGAGUUCGGGUGGACAAUCAUGCCGUACAGUGACGCAGCGAGUUGGCAACAUGGUAACAACAUACACACAAUGCUCCUAGGAACAUCGUGAUGUAGAUAGUACCAAGGACAGCUUUUUUCUAACCAUUAAUUGUACAAUAGGUUUGAAAGUCUUUCCAUCUUGUGCUCAUCACAUGAGCUUGUCAGAUGUAACAUGGAAUAGUGUUUGUGUCUAUAUAAUACAUCAAGCAGUAUCCCUGUGUCAGUUGGGUUCGAAAAGAUAAAGUUUGUAUUAAGAUACGGUGAUGUGUUGCCCCUCAGGGUGUGUGGUAUGUACAGGUUUGUUAGUGGAAGUGCCAUACAAAAUGGACAGAUUUGGCAAACAAAGCCACACUGAAAAAGAAUUAAGAUACAAGCUUACAUAAAUUCCAUGCUGUUGACAUAAUAGUUACAUCUGUAUUUCAGUAUACAAGAGUGUGAGGAAGGGUCUGCUAAGUGGACAACAUACUAGCAUAUUCUGGAAGCAAGGGAAAUAGAAGGGUGUGCCUUCAAACUAGUUUGUAAAUAUGUACAUUAUUAUUUAUAACAUGCUAGGCUUAAAUUCAACAUAUGGGCUGUAAAUUUUGGAAACCGCAUGCAAAUUUUGUGUAGCUUCAGUCAUUUUAGCUCAAAAGAAUUUUUAUUUUUCAAUUUUUUUGUGGAAUGGGAUGCUACUACUUCUUAAUAACACAGAUAUUAGGGCAUUCAAUAGAUUUUAUGUCCCUUGUGAACAGCCAGUAGAAAAAGUUGCCACUAUUACAACAUAGUGGCCGAAUACUGUCUAGUCAGCAGGAGGUGCAAGUCUGUAUCUUGCUUCACUGGCAUUUUAGUUCAGUGUGAGUGUAAAUAAAUCUUGGUACUAUCUCCUGGUUCACUUUUCUUAUACUUGUAGCUUUUGACUUCCAUACAGGAUCUAGCUUUCUCAUAAGAAAUAUGCAAAUGCCUGACAUUCACAUGUAUGUAUUCUGCAGUUACACUGUAUUGAAGCUCCAUGUGUAGAACUUAAGCCAUGCUCCAGGUUUGUUUAUUUGUAGUGUUACAUUUACUGUGAUAUUGAUGUUGUAUAUACAGAAUCUGGUAUAUUGUAUAUGUUCUGUGUUCUGAAGCCCAGUGUUUCUCAUCUGGUGUGUCGUGACAUUUUGAAUUCAAAUGAAUUUAUAACUUAUUGUUAAUAAUAUUCUACAAAGUGUGGUAAAAACAGUAAGACCUUG